UUGUAAAAUAAUUAACAAUGGAUAGUUUGAAGAGUAUGUUGUCAGCAAUAUGCUCAGCACACAUGUGGUUACCACCUAAUGUUACAUGGGAUCGUGUACUCAAGUAUACCGGUUAUUCACUUUUUCUAUAUUCCAUACCGUUAGCAAUAAUUCUGGCGAUAAUUAAAUACUUCUUAGAAAGACAUUUUUUCGUAUAUUUUGGAAAAUAUCUUGGUGUAAAUGAUACAAAAGUAAAAAAAGCACCGCCAAAUGAAAUAUUGGAGAAAGCUUACAUCAAUAAAAAAUUACAAGGGAAACAGAUAUUAGCAUUAGCUAAACAAUUGGAUUGGUCUGAACGAAAAAUAGAAAGAUGGAUUAGAAUUAGACGUUCUCAAGAUAAACCGUCUACAUUGACAAAAUUUUGUGAAUGCGGCUGGAGAUUUGCCUAUGCUACGUGGUCAUUCUUAUACGGACUUAUUAUUUUAUGGAAUAAACCAUGGCUGUGGGAUAUAAAACAAUGUUAUGACAAUUAUCCGGAUCAUGUAGUGACCAAUGACGUAUGGUGGUUUUACGCAAUGACUGCAGCAUUAUAUUUGUUAUUAAGUGUUUCCCAAUUUUUUGAAGUACGAAGGAAAGAUUUUUGGGCAAAUUUUGUUCAUCACAUAAUCUGUAAUUUAUUAUUGUAUUCUUCGUGGAUUACGAAUUGGACACGAAUUGGCGCAUUAUUUGUAUUUAUACAUGAUCCUGUUUUAAUUUUUAUAGAAAUAGCAAAAAUGACCCAUUAUGCUAAUUAUCAACGAACUUGCCAUAUUGCAUUUAUUAUUUUCAUAACAACAUGGACGAUUACGCAUCUUACUCUAUUUCCUUUUUGGAUAAUUCGCAGUAUGUGGUUUCAAUUUCCCAGAUUUAAUAUACAUUUAACAUAUGUCCUAUUUAUGACAUUAGCAUGUCUAUUAUUUCUUCUUCAUAUUUUCUGGACUUGGUUUAUUCUUAAGACUACGUACAGUAUCUUCUUGGUUGGAAAGAUUCAACGUGAUUCAAGAAGUGAAAGUGAACAUAGUGAUACAGAAAAUUUUGAUGAUAAUAUGGUUAUCAAUAAUACAACAACUUAUAUUGGAAAACAAAGUCAUAAGCAAAAAACUCGUUAA